GUCUAAAAUUCGCGAAUAAUACCUAGACAUACUAUAUAUUCAUUUAUAUUUUAUAUUAGUUUAUUAGUUGCUUAGUAUAAAUAAUAAAUAUUAAAUAUAUAAAUGUCGAGGUAAUUAUUAUUACUUUGAUAAAUGUAUAAUAUAAUUAUAAAUUAAAAAUAUUGCUAUUUACUAUUGGUACUAAAUGGUAAUUAAAUAGAUGUAAAAUAACGUACAUAGGUUUUAUAUAUUCAAUAUACUAUUUAGUUUGUAUAAAAGUUUAAUUUUAAAGCCAUAAAAUGGACUACUUGGAUCCGGAAGAAGAAUUUGAAAUGAUGCAUGCUGAUGAGUUGGAAAUGAUGAAUGAAAUGGACUUUACAACCGAUGCUAUUAAAAUUUGCUCACCAAAAGAUACAAGACGAAGUUUAAAGUUUUCUUCUACUGAAAAAGUUGAAUCUGAAGGGAAUUUAAAUUUAUCAAGUGAAUUAAACGGUGUGUUUCCUUUAUCUCAAACAUCAGUGGUUUCUUUUAACCUAGAUGAUAGUGAUAAAAAUGAAGCAGAACAAAGUACUUCAGAGUCCAUUAUUUCUAUCAAUAAUAAAAGAUCUUUUGAUGUUCAAGAUCUAUUUGGAAACACCGAUGAUAUUAAUUUUGAUGAUGAAGAAUUGGAACCUGUAUUAAAACGUCCAAAAGUAGAUCCAUUAUCUGAAAAAGAUAUUAAACAGCAAGAUUUAAUAAAAAGAAUUAUUGAUCAAAGAAAAAUAUUUAAAUCUGGAAAAAGAUCCAAUUUUUUAUCAUCUACCUCUUACAAUAGCAUAAAUCAUUUGCGUCCUUAUGAAUGUGUGUCAAGGAGAGUGCCAUCGUGGUCGUUUUUUCCUGCAUGUGAUGAUGAAAAUCAAAGAUUAUACAUUCGUUUUCGAUCUGCAGAUGCUGUACAAGAAGAAAUAUCAAGUUUAUCAUGGCAUACAAAAUCAGUGCAAUUGCUUUCAGACCCUAUUGAUGAAUUGAUUGCACGUGCUUAUGAGAAGAUUGAGAAUAAUGAAGCUUUACGAUCAGGAUUAAAUCAAAAUGAUGCUAGUAUUUUGGAAAAUGGUAUUGAUAACACUGCAGAGUUGUGGGUUCAGAAAUAUAAGCCAAAUAGAUAUUUGGAUUUGUUAAGUGAUGAAAGUACUAAUAGAAUGUUAUUGCAUUGGCUAAAACUGUGGGAUAAAGUAGUAUUCAACAAGGAAAUCAACAAAAAAAGAAAAGCUACCACUGAUGUUUAUGACAAAUCAGCAGGAAAUAAAUUUACAAAAAAGAAUCAAGCCUUAGAUGAAGGAUUGGAUGAAAAUAAUUGCCCUAAAUAUAAAUUAGCAUUGUUAUGUGGACCACCUGGUCUAGGGAAGACUACUUUAGCUCAUUUGGUUGCCCGACAAGCAGGCUAUAAUGUCGUUGAAAUGAAUGCUAGUGACGAUCGUAACCUUACUUGUUUUAAAAGACAGCUUGAAGCUACCACACAAAUGUGUUCUGUGAUGAGUAAUGAUUCAAGGCCCAAUUGUUUAGUGUUGGAUGAAAUUGAUGGAGCGCCUGUAGCAUCAAUAGAUUUUUUAAUAAAAUUUGCUACAGAAAAACGUGCAAGUCGUAAAAAAAAAAUUGAUAAAAAAGAAGAAAAGAGUUCUAUAUUAAAAAGACCAAUAAUUUGUAUUUGUAAUGAUGUUUAUGUACCAGCUUUGAGAAAUUUAAGGCAAAGUGCUUUUGUAUUAAAUUUUCCACCAACAUCAUCAGUCAGAUUGGUAGAAAGAUUAAUGGAAAUAUCAAGUUAUGAAAACAUUAAAACAGACAUGGGUGCAAUGACUGCACUUGGCACCAAAACAAAUAAUGAUAUAAGAUCAUGUUUGUCAACAUUAUCAUGUUUUAAAAAUCAAACAGUACGCUUAUCGCAUGUGAAAAAUGCAAACAUUGGCUCAAAAGAUAUGCAAAAAGGACUUUUUACUGUAUGGCAAGAAAUAUUUCAAGUAAAAAAAAGCUGUUUUGAGAACAAUCCAAACAGUACUAGUGAUGGUUUUUCAAGUCAUAAUAAUGUUAUGAAAGACAGAAUAAACAGUGUUUUAAAAACUGUCCAGAGUUAUGGAGAUUAUGAAAAGCUUAGCCAAGGAAUUUUUGAAAAUUAUUUAAUUCUAAAGCCCAAAGAUUCAUCAUUAACAAAUAUUGCUGAAGGUCUAGAAUGGUUUUGUAAUUUUGACAAGACUAUGCAUGUGAUUAACUCUUCUCAGAACUAUUCACUGUUUCCUUAUUUGCCAUAUAAUUUUGCUACUUGGCAUUGUUUAUUUGCUACAUUUACAUGGCCUAAAAUUACCUACCCAAGUGCUGCAUAUGAAGCAACAAUGAAAAAAAACAAAUAUAAACAAAUCAUGGAUGAAUUAAUGUCUGGUAUUAUCCCAAGUAUUCGAACAUUCCUACAUCGUGAUCAAGUUUUAUUAGACACUAUGCCGUUACUUAUGCAUAUUGCUGUUCCAAAUCUUAGAUCUAUUAGUACACAAUUAUUUACUCAAAAAGAAAAAGAAGAUCUUGCAAAAGUUGUCAAUAUUAUGAUUGAUUAUGGCUUAAAUUUUUUUCAAGAAAGAGAUGCUGAUGGGUCUUUUAAUUUUGUACUUAAUCCAUGCGUAGAUGAUGCAGUAAGAUUUCCUGGGUUGGAAUCAUUUCCAACAUCUAGCUAUGCUAUCAAACAACUUAUUUCUAGAGAAAUAGAAUUGGAACAUUUGAGAAAGAGAAUGCCUCCUGCAGAACUAAAUAAUAUUACCGUAGAACCUGAUCAGUUUGAUGAAAAUGAAAAAAAUGUUUCUACUCCAAAAAGUGUUAAAGGUGCCAAAAAUAAGCAAGUAACUCCUAAUCAUUUACAAAGACUUACACCCAAAAUUGUUGGUCCUACAAAAGUAACUAAAAAGAAAGAUUUCUUUGGUCGCGAAAUCGAUUCACCCGUCGGGCACAAACACAAAGAAUUUAGAGAUGAAAUCGUGAAAAGUGACGUUUGGUUUCAUUUCAAAGAAGGCUACAGCAAUGCAGUGAGAAAAGCAGUAUUAAUGAAAGAUCUUUAUUGAACAUUUUCAUUAUAUUAAAUUUAUUUUUAUAUUCAUAAUUUUUUUUAAGUAUUUUAAAGUUUGAAUUGAUUUAAUUUAUUCUUAAUGUAUAGCUCAAUUUUAAUAAUAUGUGACUGUCAAUUUUGCAAAUUUAGUACUUUGAGUUAGGUAAAAUAUAAAUUGUAUAUUAUACCCCUA